UGCACCAUUUUGCUGUUUGCCAACCGCCAAUAAACCCUAUACAGAAGAAGAAGAAAACAAGACGCGUUACAUGGCGUGCUCCAAGUACGCCAAGUGAACCAUAUUUCAUGAGAAUGCUUUUCUAAAACUCUUACGAGCUUGAAUAAUGCGAUCGGUUUCAUUGGAAAGACAACAGUUUUAGAGUAUAUCGUACGGGUUAAUUUCUGAUGGCUACUACUGAGAUGGAAUCUGGGUCCUUGGAAAGCAGAUCAGAGCAAGGGACAGCUGACCCUGAUUCAAAGUACCCAAUGAAAGUUCUUUAUUGUGGAGUGUGCUCUCUGCCUACAGAGUACUGUGAGUACAUGCCUGAGCCAGCUAAAUGUAGGCAGUGGCUGGAGAAGAACUUUCCAGAUGUGUUUGCCAGGAUGACUGUAGCAGCGAAUGCGCCUAAGCAGGAACCGGGCACUGGAGAUGCUCCUCCUGCAGGCGAGGAGGAGGAAAAGAAGAAACAGAAGAGAGGUGGAAGAGGCCAGAUCAAACAGAAAAAGAAGACUGUGCCUCAGAAAGUUACAAUAGCAAAGAUCCCAAGAGCCAAGAAGAAAUACGUCACACGGGUGUGUGGCCUGGCGACAUUUGACAUCGACCUUAAAGAGGCUCAGCGAUUCUUUGCCCAGAAAUUCUCUUGUGGUGCCUCAGUUACAGCAGAGGAUGAAAUAAUCAUUCAGGGAGAUUUUACAGACGACAUAAUUGACGUCAUUCAAGAGAAGUGGCCUGAGGUGGAUGAUGACAGCAUUGAUGAUCUGGGUGAAGUCAAGAAGUGAAGACCAAAUAUGCACUUUUGCUGAAAGGAUGUGACCUGUAACAGCGACGACCUGGCCAAAUGUACACAUUAAGUCAUUUUAUACCUAUUUUAUUUACUGUACAUAAAAAGCUGUGGACUCAGCCACUCACUUGGCAUUUUUUUUUUUAGUUAAUAGCUGCUUUCUCUCGUUUGCCAAAGGUGUGGUAUGACAUGAAUCCUUCCCAAAUGUUCUUCACUCAAGCAAAACUGUAGGCUAAUAAAUUUCAGUCUCCUUCACCCUUA